UACUGUUGAUAUAAUACUGUCAACAUACUCUGAAACAUACCUAGGUAUGUCUACAUACAGCUCUGUAUCUCUAGCAUGCCCGUGCAAUAAUAGAUCUCUGAAUCAUAGUGACUGUACACAUUACAGCUCAGACACAGCAGGGGUGAACAAGCUUUGGGGUAUCCGUUUUUACAAUUAAGUUUUGCAAACAGUGUUUGUAAACUAUCCAAAUUGAGCUUUUUUUUUCACCCCCCCCCAUCCCCUUCGCACCCUUCUGUACUCUUCCUCCUCCCAAUCCAUAGCCACUCCCCUCCAAUCAACUUACUUUUAACAUGACAAUGGCCUUGAAAAGUCUCUCUAAUCAAGGCAAAGUUAGGAAGGGCAUAAAUCUACCCCCACUCUAUGGGCAUCUGUUUGUGUGUUUGUCUGAUAGAGUCUGCCCCUCUCCAUCUCCACCUUGUCUUCUCUGAGGUUAGGGGUUUAUUUUGGGGUAACGUUCCCCAAACACAAACAUCCAUGAGUGCCCACCUGGCAAUGCCCCCCUACCAGCCUUACCCAGCCGGGGUAGGAACUGGAAUAAGGUAUGGCGACUACUAUUGGAACUGCCCAGCGGAGAUGGACAAUGUCCCCCACAAAGAGGCAGCAGAUGCUGAUGUCCCGGUCCCAGAGCCAGAGGAGAAGACCCUCCAUAAUCCAGAGCUCUCUCCGGCUUCCUCCAGCUCGGGCACACGCAUGCGGUACACCCCGGACUCAGCCACCAGCCCCAACACGGAGCCGCCGUCCCCACACCCUGCGAUCCGGAUGGGUGGGGUGGAAAGCGGGGGAGGGGUGAAGAAGGCCAAGAGCCGCACGGCCUUCUCCCAGGAGCAGCUGCAAACCCUGCACCAGCGGUUCCAGAGCCAGAAAUACCUCAGCCCCCAGCAGAUCCGGGAGCUGGGCUCAGCCCUGGGGCUCACUUACAAGCAGGUAAAAACAUGGUUUCAAAACCAACGGAUGAAGUUUAAACGAUGCCAGAAGGAAACUCAGUGGAUGGAAAAAGGGACAUGCCUAUCCCAAGCAGGUUACCUGGAUUUCAACCCCAGUUAUCACCAGGGUUGUCCAGUUAGUGCCAGCAGGAACAUCCAGACUGUGACCAAUGUGCAUCAGAGCUAUGGUAGCAGCCAGACCUAUGGGAGUGGCCAGAGCCUGUAUCCCUUCGUGGCUAUCGAGGAGGAGGGGUUCUUUGGGAAAGCCGGGGGAGCCUGCAGCACCCAGCAGGCAAUGGGCUUCUUCAGCCAGCAAAAGAUGAACUUUUAUCAUGGCUUCCCGGCAAACAUGGAUUAUGCCAGCAUGGAGACAGAAGAUGGCUACCACUUCCAGAGUGCCUCUGUCAAUGCGCCGUCCUUCCCGGAACCUGAAUAUCUACCAAACAGUGACAAGAGACUGCCCAACCCUCAGGUGGUGCAAAUCAACAUAGCUUCAUUGACAUCACCAUUUGCACCAGCUAAGCAUCUGGACCACCACAGGGGCUCCCAGCUCUACACGACCCUGGCUAUGGCAUCGCAAGUCAUCAGCGCUGUGAGAGCAACUGAUGUCCUCAGGUAUCCGUCUGAUUCUCUUAUAGUAGUAAUAAUAAUAGCUCAUGUAUCUGUACAUGAAGGAUCCCAUAGCACUUCACAAAUUACACAAAAACGGCACCCCUGGAAUGAGGCCACUCUGGGGCGGAGGGUGGCAGCCAGGCAAAAAUAGUCCAGUUAUUUCAAACCUGAUGCUUAGAUCACUUAACCUAGAAAUUAGAGAUGGUGGAUAAGCCCAUUAGAUCCUAUCUAUCCCAUUCUCCCAGGGCCAGUGCAGGAUUGCUCCCUACUGUUUCUUCUCCAAUUCUAGUUUUAAGUGACUCUGUUAAUGGGGCUUCCCUCACUUUCCUUGGGGAGACAUUGCCUCAGGCUAAUUAGAUUACUUAUCUAUUUCUUUGUUUAAAGUGGGACAGUGUCAGCUUCUCCUGGACUCAGUGUUUAAGCAUGGG